AUGUUGUACUCCCUCCACUGUUGUUUUAGCAAUGGCAGCAUCGACGUGAACUUCACGAUCAUCAUGGAAAUCAAUAUGCCAAACAACGUCAGUGCUAUCGAUAGAGAGAUCGUCAACCGGACACAGGAGCUUGUGAAGCAAUUGGAACACGCCAACGCCAGGAACUGUAGCCAGCAGGACAAAGACUACUGUUUCACUGUUUUAGAGUCCCCCGCUCUGGUUAGAAAUUUUUCGGCAGAAGAUUAUUGCAAAAAUAUCGUCAAGCCUCAAUAUGCAGCCUACUAUUACGCCAAUAUGUCCACGGGAACAUUGCGCUGUAUUACCAACUGCACCAAGGGAACAAAGACCUCCUGGAACUGCCACUAUGGAGAGUGUCGCAUUCGUGAAACAGGCCCCGAGUGCUUGUGCAGUGAUAUGGACAAGUUUUGGUACACAGGAGAUUUUUGCGAGACACGCUUCCAGAAGAGUGAGGUGGGCCUUGGUAUUGGGCUCGCCAUCUUGUUUGUGACCAGUGCUGUCCUGGCUUUCUUCCUCUUCAGAGCCAUGAGGAAGAAAUCUAAAGAGAGCUUCCUUGACGGAGAGGAGCUCUGGUACGUGGAGGAUGAAGAGGAAGAGUGGAAGCCUUCCUCAGGCCUGAGCAUCGUGAAUAAAGCAGCCUGCGAGGGUGGACUUGAAGGCAGAAAACAGGUGUUCAGACCAACUCUUGAUGCAGUAGAUACUGAAAUGCAGCUGCAGUUCCAGAAGCCAGAGGUAACAACCCAGUGUUGAUUCCCACCCUGGGACUCGUUUCUGAUAGUUCCCUUCAGGAGCUGAGGUGAAUGAAGAAACCUAACACCCAACGGAUCGCAACUGGAAGCCCACUAACAGAAAGGCGGGUCUGAUGGGUGACAGUGGAGUUCAGCAUGCCAGCUUUAAAAAAUUCUUCUGAAACUGUUUCCUGGAUGAGACUCUCAGCCUAUUAUGAAGAAGACCACUCUGUUGAAACAGAUCCGUAGAGGAACCAACAAAGAGUACACAUGACUGUUUGCACAAAAAAGAAUCCAUAAACUGUGCUACAAUCCAUGGAGGGAAGGAAACAUCAUGGAGUGGUUCAUUCGAUAUCCCUAAGCAAUAUAUGUUGGAGUCCUCAUCUUUAAAUUACAUCCAGGUGUGGUCAACCCAUUUUUGUGUGUGCCCCCAAUACACCCCUCCUGAUUUGCCAUUUUUAAAAAAAUACAGGGUGAUUCAUAAUGAUACAGUUUCAACGUGCUAUAAAAAAAGAAGAACAUAUCUUACGUCACCUGUAACAGAAUUGUAGGGGAAUGUUGAAAGUUUUUUUAGAAACAGUCACAGAUGUUCUUUGUGUACACCCUUUGUCACAUGACACACAUCGAACCAGUAAUCCAUUUCUGCCCAAACGCGACUCACCCUACGUGUUGAUUUUCCCAGGCUUCGUUGAAUGGCGGUGCAAACACUAUCGGUGACUUCUUCCAAUACACACAGUUGUCCAGGACUUCUAAGUUUGCACAGACAACCCAUAGAUUCAAAUCUAAUAUGUCACCAUCAAUAACUCACUCUGGAACUGAUUUUAAUUUAUAAUAUUAAUCUUUUUUGGGGGGUUUUGAUUUCCUGUUUUUAACUCUGCCUUUUAUUGUUACCUUUAAUAUUUGGUCUAUGUUUUCGUAAAAACGAGAGAUUCUAUUUGCAAUUAAGCAGCACAUGCAUUUUACAAAAGAAAAGAAUUUAAAAGCAUGGCAAAUUCCUUUUGUUGGGGAGUUAACUGUGUACCAGGCGUGUGGGGGUGAAAAGGCAGUUUUUCAGAAAGCCACAUGGAUCAAUACACCAUGUGGGGCAUUUUGGAAAGAUUAAAUAGCCGCCACCAAAAUCAGAUUUUUCUUUGGCAAAUAAAAGGAGAGGAAAAAAGACAAGGAAUGUGACAGAUUGAGGGUGUUCUAUCCUUGUGUGUGCCAAGCAUUAUAGCACUUUAGCCAUAGUUUUGGUCUGCCAAGUAACAGCUUUUAGGUAAAGGUAAAGGGACCCCUGACCAUUAGAUCCAGUCGUGGUCGACUUCGGGGUUGCAGUGCUCAUCUUGCUUUAUUGGC